AUGGCGGAAAACAGCAGUUCGGCACAACAACCCGAUCAGAAUAAACAAGUGCAAUUCCAGGACACAAUCGAUAUACAACACAUCGAGCCUACAGCGCACAGCACAAGGACAAAUAUGCCAAACCCUUGGAUCGUAAGAUCGCGUACUUCGCCAGAAAAUCGCCAGGAACAGAACCAGCCGAAUAACAUACAAAUAGUUCCAGACACGCAGAACCCUAGGAGGAGGGGUGGACUACUGGGAAGUAGUAACAGUUCAUCCUUCAGAGAGGAACAAACGUCCAACCAGGCAAACCCUUCGGGUGAGAGGUUUUCGUCAAGCCCGUUCUGCGCGUUGCAAGGUACCCAAUCCUGGUAUUCGAACAAAAGAGAUAUUGGAAAAAUAGCCAGAGAAUGGAAUAUUAAGUUCGAUGGUAGCGAAGGUAGUUGUAUCGAAGAUUUUCUGCAACGAGUCAACGAAUGUAGAAUGUCGUCACAUCUCGACGAUAAUGACUCCAUCAAUGCAAUGCUGCAUGUACUGACUGGACCAGCCCUUGUCUGGUGCAGACAGCUACGACACUCGUGGGUGACUUGGAACGACUUCUGCAAAGCUGCUAGGAGAAGUUAUGGCGUGGAUCAAGACGUCCAGAUGCAACUACUAGCGGAAGCACAAGCAAGAUCGCAAGGCAAGAAAGAGCCCGUUAGGGAACACAUCUUUGCUGUGCUAGCGAUUCUCAGCCGCUUAGAUGAGCCACCAACAGUUGAAGCUCAACUUAAAAUGAUCUACGACAACAUGCUGGCUGAUAUUAGGAUGCUAGUGCCUAAGAAUGAAGUUGCGAGAGCGGCUGAAAAGCUCAUCUAUGAGCGAGACAAUUAUAAACCACCACCUUCACCUGAUCGCUGCCUACUGCCACAAUUGGCAUACAAGGAGGAGGCAGAAGCCAAGAAGAAAAGCGGUUCGUCAAAUGCUCCAGCUAUAGCUGAAGUGACAGAACCCGCAGCUCUCUGCACCAUAGUGGCUACUGCAGUUAAAGAGGCAAUAGCACAACUAGGCAUCACCCAGCAGGCCAAACCGCCCGAUGUUCCAUCGAAAAAGGCGAAUAACGCGGGAGGUAAUAAAAAACAAUGGCAAAAACAGAAGCCGAAGGGUACAUCAUCUGUGAACCCUCAAGAUGGCUCGGAGAAGAAGAAGCCUCCUGUUCGCGGACUUGCCAGUACUCACAACCAAGAUCAAAAGGUUAGAGGAUCGUUUCCAGAUCCAGUGAAGUGCUACGGCUGCAGUUAUGGCCUGGACACAUUUUGCACACUUGUCCUGAAUGUUCCAAGAAGUCGGGAAAAGACGCCUGAUAAGGACGCUAUUAUGCCAUUGAAGGAUCGUGGAUUCGCACACUAUGCGAUUCAGGAGCGGCUCGCACCGCUAUCGGACCUAUUGGUAUCCAAAUUGCCUCAACUUGCGGUCAGUCAAUUACACCGUACAAAGGUCCCGGUGCGAAGCUCGCCAAUGGUCAACUUGUCCAUUUAUGGCUAUGUUGAGUUGCCAUUCGAAGUGCUCGGUCGCCAGGGCGAGUCAGAGUCGAUCCCAUUGGAAUUGUCUGCUCUGACAGAAGGGGUUGCGAAUGCGCUAGCAGCUGUUGGAUUAGCGGAUGUGACGCAAACCCAACGAAGUCAGAUAGACGAACUGCUCAAUAGAUGGCUUCCCAGCAAUGAGAAACCCCUAGGUUGCACAAUGCUUAUUAAGCACGCAAUCGAGGUAGGUAGUGCGCGGCCUAUCAAGCAACGCUACUACCCAGUUUCGAAAAAGUUGGAAGAAGAAAUGCAUUCACAAGUCUACAAAAUGCUAGAAGCUGGAAUAAUAAGACGUGCUAAAGACAGUGAAUGGUCCAGCCCUGUUGUGAUGUACCCGCUUCCAUAUAUGGACUCGAUACUUAGCAAAUUGCAGAAUGCUCAGUAUAUAUCGACCAUAGAUCUGAGCAAUGCAUACCAUCAGAUUCCUAUGAGGGAAGAAGAUAUGCAUCUCACAGCAUUUACAGUACCUGGCCUGGGUUUUUUUGAAUUUACCCGUAUGCCAUAUAGCAUAGUGGGCGGGCCUAGUACGUUCCAGCAGCUCAGCGACAAGAUUAUUGGUCCAGAGCUUGAACCACAUGCUUUUUCUUAUUUAGAUGAUAUUAUCAUCACAACCAGCACCUUUGAGGAGCAUUUACACUGGUUGGAAGUGGUUCUGAAGCGUAUUCACGAAGCUGGACUUACCAUCAAUAGAGAAAAGAACCUUGAAGCAGUUACGCCGAGCAUGGCUUCUUGGUACAGAAAAUUUCUGGAUAACUUCGCGACAAUCGCCGAUCCUUUAACGCAAUUGACGAGGAAAGACGUCAAUUAUCGUUGGGGCGAGUCGCAACAGAUGGCUUUUGAGCAGGUGAAAGCGCUAAUAAUCGCUUCUGCUCCAGUUCUCCAUAGUCCUUCAUUUGAAGAUCAGUUUCCUUCAUUUGAAGAUCAGUUCACAAUUCAAACUGAUGCGAGCGACAUUGGCCUUGGUGCUGUGCUCACUCAGACUAUCGAUGGAGAAGAACGUGUACUCAGUUUUGCGAGUCGCACGCUCACUGAAGCCGAGAGAAAUUACUCUGUCACAGAACGCGAAUGUCUUGCUGUUCUGUGGGCUAUUAGAAAAUUCAGAGCUUACGUGGAAGGAUAUCACUUUGAAGUAAUCACCGCCACAGUAGUCUUAAAUGGCUCUGCAAUCUGCGGCUCACUACACUGCGUGCCAGAUGCCUUGUCCCGUAUGUAUGAGGAUGAAGAGAGCGAAGCGCAAUUAGCAUCCAUCGACGCAGAGGAUGAUUGUACUUCUGAUGCCUGGUAUAACGAGCUUAAAGCUCAAGUUGUACAAAAUCCCACCCACCGUCCCCAUUGGAAGGUGAUAGGGGGGAAAUUAUACCAUUUGCGUCCGGAUCCGCUUCUAGAAGAUAUUUUAGAUGAUCAAGAAGCAUGGAAAUUGGUCUUGCCUUCAGAUAAAGUAGCUGAAGUACUGUGGGAAUCGCACUGCGAGCCCACAGCUGGUCACAUAGACGCAAGACCUAUGAGCGGAUCGCAAGAUAUUUUUACUGGAAGAACAUGCAUAAAGAUGUCAGUAACUUCAUCAAAGAAUGUACGAUCUGUCAACAAACCAAGGUAG